CUCAGUUACUACCAUGGAAUUCACACUGGUACUGUGUGCCUGCUCGCUUCUUAUUGUACAGUUAGCUGCUGAAGAAAACAGCAGAUCUUCAAGUCAGAAUGACCUGACUGCGAUUCCAGACAUUGCAGAUACCAUGACACAAAAAUCAGAGAAGAAUGCCAACUCCAGAUUUUCAUCACUUAAAUGUAGACUCCGAAAACUGAAAAAACGAACUGCAUAUGACAGCACAGCUGCAACAGGAAUCAAUACUACAGAACCAGAACAGGCAGCGAUUGAAACAAACUGCGUGAUCAUCCCACUUACAACUGUAGCUCCCACAGCAAGGGAGGCAGUUGUUGUCACAACUGAAGCAAAGACUUCAAAUCCAAAGCCUGCUAUUGAUACUUUUCCUGGAGUCUCAGCCACUGACCCCUUCCUUCUAUUCUGGCUGUAUAAAAGGUUUCAGCACCGCCCAUUUGUACCUACUGGAACUUUGACAUACAGGUAUUUGCCUUCCUAUGGCACUACAUACUAUGUCCCAGGACACAGACUAGGUUUAUCAGGAAGGCUUAAGGGAUAUGGCUCCAUUAAAGGCAUGAAAGGUCCUGGGAAAAUGUUGAAAGGUUAUGGACCUAGGAGUGGUUUAAAAGGUUAUGGCUUUCAAACCCAGCUAAAUGGCUAUGGCCCAUCUAGCAGAUUUUGUCACAGAGCUAGAAUUGGUAAUUUUGGUACAAAAACCUCCUCUGAAGAAUAUGGCAGAAGGAAACGGGAAGCUGCCCAACCUUUUGAAGAGGAUACUAUGAAGUUAAACAUACAGCAAGAUGAUUUGAGAUAGCAUUCCUUCUCUGAGAUCUUCAGUCAAGAGAAAAAAGCAACACUUGUUGAGCAGCAAAAAAGGAACUGUAUUUCUUUGACUCCAGAGCCCACCUUGGUUCAGGCAAAAUUGGGGGCAACAACAAAGCACAUCUUCUUAAUACAGUGUAUCCCUAAUUAAAACAACUUUAUGGGCUAUCAGUACAGAGAAUGUACAAAUUCCAAUAAUUAUCUUGAUAUUGUUGUCUAAAAAAAGUUAGCCCAUUAAUCAUCAUUUAAUCAGAGCAAAAUGUAUAUGUGAACAGUUCAUUUUGAUUGAGUAAUUGGAAGAUGUGUAGUACUGUAAAUUAUAUAACUUAUUUUAUUCAGUUUGUUUUGUUUUACUUUACAGUUAGGUGGUGUGAAAUAUUGUGUCCUCUUUUCAGCUAUAGAUUACACUGACAGAUUAUAGUACUUCCAUUAAGUGUGUUUUAGCUAUAAACUAUAUCCUUUUGAACUUCAUUUUCCAUUUCACUGGAGAAUAGUAGCAGAACCAGCUGUUAACAGCUGUAGGCAGUGAUUGACUGAAAAAGGUGGUAUCAGUUGACUGGAAACCAGUUCACUUUAGUGUAGAUUUGAUGAAACAGUUUGCAUGCUUUGAGAAUAGUGAGGAUGCAAUGUAUUGUUUCUAGAAAGUAAGACAGCUUCUCUUAAGUCACCUGGGAUAAAUAAAAUAAGAUAGCAGAAAGAAAUGACAGAGCAGGCAAGGAGCUACAUGCAUUAAAAAAAAAAAAAGAAACACAUUGUUUGCUUUAUUUAUCUUGAGUUGCACUGUGCUUAGUGAAUGAGCUAUGCAAGUCAUAAAAGCUGCUUUAAUUUUGAUUUACAGCUAUAGAUUUUGUUUGCUAACCAAAUUGCCAAAGGACCAGUAUCAGGGAAUGCAUGCUCACAAGGAUCAUAAUCAGAACUUAAUUAAGAUGACAAGUGACACCUAAGCCAGAUAGCAGCUGGGAAGUAAACAGGUUAAUACAGUUCUAUAAUCAGGAUAAUAAUGGAGGGUGUAAAUGACUUUAGGUAUGUUACUGGCAGAAAGAACACAACUUAGAACAGAACCAAAUGAUCCAAUUAGCAAUGUACAUUAUUGAACACAUAAUGAUCUUGGAAUAAAAUUAACUAGCUGCUAGGGUUUGAGAGUGGACUUGGGUGCCAUAAAAUUCAUUGGGAAGGGGAAACACCAUGCACGUGGAAGGUAGUCAUUGUUUCAUGGGGGAGAGCUGGUCUUGUGAAUUAGUAUUUAUAGCCCUGAGUGGGAAAUAAGUAGUGAAGGGUAGGUGACUCACAUUAAAUAAGGAAUAUGGGGAUGCAGGGUUCAAGACGGGUCUUAGCUCUGUCUAACUUCAAAGCAUAGGAGAAGGAUGCAGGGUGCUCACUCAGUUUAAUGAGUCAUGUUAUGAAUUCUUCCACAGAGUGAUGCUAAUGACCAAAAGGUUACAUUCCUUUGAAAAUGAAGAUCUGAAGGAGUUAACUUCAUUUAUCUGCAACCUAUGGGUAUUCAGAUCCAUGUUGGAUCUGAUCCGGCAACUUUUUCCAAGCAUCUGCUCCAAGCUCCAAGCUCCUCCCCUUACCCAUAAUCCCUCACAUCUCCUCCCUCUCAUUUGCCACUUCAUGCAUAAGCAUCGUGAUCUCUUUAGCUCCAAGUUGGGUAUAGUAAGUGAUAGUUUUUCUUGUAUUUCUAGUGAGUGUGUGUGGUCGUUAGUUUAACCCUUUCCUCCCCCUUCACUGUUCGUUGUUUUUUUGUAAAAAAAAAAAAAAAAAAAAAAAGUUAAAGUUAGUAAGGUAGUAUAGUAGGCCUACCCAACCUUGGUGUGUGUGUGUGUGUGGUAGUUUUGGCUUAUGUUUUGGCUCUGAGUGGGUUUUUAGUAUGGCUGAGCAGCCAAAACCUACUUUUAAAAAAUGUACAGAGUGUGGCCACAAGCUUUCACUGGCUGAUG